GUACGUCUCCGUGCGCGAAAAGGCGUCAGGCCAAUGGUCGUCGCGCGUGCGGCGGUCGCGCAUGCGUGUCGAGGUCGGUGGGGGCACCCGCCAUGUCGUGCCCACGCACGCAGCCCGCACGCGAAAGGCCGUAGGAGGCAGGAGGGAGCCGCCGUUUCGUUUCUCCUGGAUGGACAACUCUGCUUACGUGCCGAAUCAUCUCACACCACCUUCUCUGGUCGUUUUUUCACAAGGCGGGGGCCUCCCAGAGGCUCCGAGAAUGCAAAGACCCUUCAACCCACAAUGGGGUUCGUUUUUCGAAUCUAAGGUUUCAGAUUCAAAAGAUCUUCAAGUACCGUUCAGCACCGCGGCGUCCCUGGGUUAUGGUCUGCAUCACAUGCUUCAUUUCCCGGCGCAGUUCCUCCACCCUUUGGACCCAAGGUCGCCCUUCGGGGCCUUCCGGCCCCUCGGCCCCUCGGCAUUCGCGCCGCCCAGCAAAUGUCUCAAAGUUGAAACUGGGAACACGACCGUGUCAUCGGGAUUGGCGUCGAUAGGUUCGCUCUCGAGUAUGUCGAACAUGUUCUCACCAACGCUGCCGUCAAGCGGCGUCGCCGGCGGUGCCGGCGGAGUCUCGACGGCCGGGGUCGGCGAAGUCGCCCCCCAAAGUCCUGCCGGGUCUGCGAGCCGAUCCCCGCCGGGAAGUGGAGUCGGAGUCGGAGUCGGAGUCGGGCAGGGACAAAACCGGGGCGCGACGCCCGACGACGAGGACAGGGACGCCAACGCGACACCCGGCUCCGAGAACACCGAGAGGUCGACCCCGGAGGAAGGCAGACCCUACAGACUGGGGCCCGUGUUCGGGGGUCGCUGCGGUGCGGAGGCCCUUGGAUUAGGUUUUGGAUUAUCGCUCGGCCCAACCUACAGGUUCGCUCUUCCUCCGGGACUUGCUGCCAAGACCACUAGAUGCCUUGUUUUCGAUCAAGGUAAAAAGAAAUUCCCUUCCGACCCUUCCUGUUGUCCAGUGUGCGGCGUCACUGUUCGUCCCCAGGAACUUGAGCAACAUUUCGCUCAGGAACUCGACCGAUUGUACAAGGUAUCAUCGACGACGCCUCGGCCAAGGUCCUCGCGAUCUUCGGGCCCCCCAGGACAUCCUCAGGAUCAGCCUCAUGCCCCGCUUCUCCACGCACCAUCGGCGGCUGACGGGACGCUGCAAGGACGAUGGGAAACUUACAAACGAAUCAAAGCCAAUAGACAAGCCAGAAUUCGUGUGAAGAAUCGAAAAAGAAAGGCUGAUGAACCGUCGUGCCCUGUGUGUAGUGAAAGAUUAUCUGGAAGUCCCGAGGAGUUGAAUCAGCAUGUUGAACGUUGCUUGAACAAACACAAUGGCAACCCUGCAGGGCAAAAUCCUGGAAUCGACGACGAAGAGGUUGACGUCGAGGGGGAUCCUGAAACAUUUGAGGAAUACGAGUGGGCGGGCCAACGGCGAGUUCGCGCAACCUCGAUGCUAGUUGGCGGAUUCUCGGCUGCAGGCCUGGCAACAUCUUCAAGUAAUCGAAGUAGUGCCGGCACACUCGCCGGUCAGCAGGAAGAUGAGGACAUAGACUUAGUAGUGGACGGUGAUGAUGCUGCACAAUUUGGCCCGGCGCAAUACUCUGAGGCGGAUGUUGUCGCGCCUCGUGCCGAAGGCACUCCGAGGGAACAAAAAGAGCGCGACGCACUCCGGGAGGCGGUAAUAUCGCCGCAUGCACCACACACGCCACACACUCCUCCGGAACAGCCUCAUGGUGCUCAGGUUGAGGUGAAGCCGGAACCGGGAUCCAUCCUUCCCUCGGGACAACAUCGCGAGGGCGACGAAACCGACGCAGCAUCAACUGCCGUUUGCAGGGAUUCCGACGCCCCGGUUAUCGAGGCGUUGCGCGGAAGGAUUCGAGAUCUCGAAGCUGAAAUGCGGGUCCAACCGUUCAAGUGUCUCAUAUGCAUGGAACAAUACAAGAAACCGGUAACCUCCGUUUGCUGCUGGCACGUACAUUGUGAACAAUGUUGGCUUCACACUUUGGGGGCAAAAAAAUUAUGCCCACAGUGCAACAUGAUCACAUCGCCGGCAGACUUGAGACGUAUUUACAUGUGAGGCUGCCAACCGUCAACGUCGCGUAACUUUUCCAACCGUUCACGGUUUUCAAAAGUUCGCUUGCAGAUCUUGACCAAUCAUUCGUUGAUACGGUCUGACCAACGGUCCAAUCGGACGCGGCCCUCCAAAUCUAAAUCUCUAUUAACCCAGUGCACACUUGUAUAUUUGUAUAUUACCUUAAAUUAAAGAUUCAUAAUAAUAAGAAGAAAAUUUAAAAAAAAUAACACGUCAUGCAUUUAGUAAUAUAGUAGGUGAAUUAAUAUUUGGACUGUAUCUUCCAAGUAUAUAUUACGUAAUUAAUUAAUUGAAAAUCGCCAUCAUGAAUACAGGUUUAAAACAUCGAUACCACAAACAGCAAACGCCUGUGCAUACAUAUUUACAAUGUCUACUCAAAAAUCAACCCAUAAGGUGUGUAUCGAACGGAUGUAUACCUACUCUAAACACACACAAUAAUUAUACCAUGGUGAAAAUGCGUAAUCAAUUUAUACACCAAUGAUUUGAUCUAUUUAUUUUUAUAUUUAUUUAUCAUGUUGCAAAUAUUGUUUCUAGGUUGUCGUGAUUCGUAAGAGUCAUUGUCGAAGGAAGAGUUCAAAGAGAUCAGGGACACUUGCAAGCAAUGUAUCUACUUAGAUGUUUUAUGAUACUGCUUGCAAGCGUCUGACCCUAUAGAUAAUUCAUUUAGUACUUCAGUCCGGAGAUGCUGAAAUAGUUUUGGCAAGUCUCAUCCGGACGUGAUUCGAACACGAUAUUCUGUUGAUUCGUUGCAAAGCGUAGAACGUGACCCCCGAAUUUUCUAAUCUACCGCUUAGUAAAUAUCACCUCUACCAGACACAGUUUCUAAUCUUUUCGUCUAUGGAUGUUUAAAAUUUAAAAGAAAAAAAAAAAUUUCAACCGCGAGUAUUACGAAUCACCGAAUUGGUGCGUCUUUGAUCGAUCAAUACUUGAGGCUUUUCGAAUCUCUCUUCGCGAGGCGGUCGACGGAUACGGGUAGCUCCAACAUAAGGGGGUGCCCUGGUUGAUUUUGACGUUGACGUAUAUAUCUCCAAAUAUCCAAGUCCACGUAUCGCAAACGGGAAAAAAGGCUUCACCGUGUGAUUCUGUAUGCAAUUCCGAACAAAAAAUGGCAUGCUUUCUACGAAUUUUCUCCCGUUUGCGAUACGUCGACUUGGAUGUUCCGGGGUGGGUACGUUAACCUCGAAAUCGACCAAGGCACCCCCUUAAAUACCGCGUGAAUGGAGAUGGAAUGCCAAAUAAUUUUCUAUGUGAUAGGUUUGUACACGAACGAACGUAUUCAGAUAAAGUUGAGCAAAUUGAGAUACGAAUAACGUGGAAGAACUAAGAAAACUGAAGUAUAAGUGUAAAUUGAAGCGAAUAUAAACACGAAAAACGUUUCUUGCAGAAAACGCGAACAACAAUUCUGUACUCAAUAAAACGAUCAUGGAAUAUGUA